UAUUGCCGAAAAGCAGUUUUUCAGGAUUAUUUUUCUUUUAUAUUCCUCUUUGUAUAUAAAUUAAUAUAGUCAUCAUAAUUACAUUUUAUAGUUGAUAAUCCGCUGUUUAUUUGUUAGGGUAAUGUUCAUAAUGUCUUUCUGAUUGCUGAGUAAUUAUUUUAGCUCACCAUUUUUCUAAUGUAUUUUAUGAACUUGUAACGGAAAAAUUGAAUUCAGUUUUGCAAAGUAUGCCUCCUAAGCGCAGUGAGAAACAGAAUCCAAAGCCUAAAGGCAGGGUGGGAAGGCCUCCAAAAGUAAAAGCCAAGGCUUCUUCAAAUGCUGUUUCCAAGAAAAAAAAUCAUUCUAAAGGUCAUUUGAAAAUCAAGAAAGUAAUCAAAGCAAUUAAAGCUGUCAAGGAAACUAAAAUAAAUAAAAAUAUAUUGUCAUGUUCAAAUUGCAAGGAGAGUUUCUCAUCUGCUUUGCAAUUCAAAAGACAUCAAACUGUGUGUGGGGUAAAGGAGAAAGUAAAGACUGUUCCUAAAAAGCGAGCACAUGCAGAGCGUGUAAAUGAUGCUGAAGUUGUAAGCAAGCACAGGAAGAAGACUGAUGAGGAUAUUACUGUCGUAGAUACUUCAGCUAAAAGUAAAAAGAAGAAUGGGGAGAAAGAUGUUUUGCAAGCAUUUAUGUCAAAUAAAGUUCAGUCCUUGCUAUCUGGUGCUAAAACUCAUGCAAAACAACUGACAUUGGAAUCAAAUAAAAGUAUCUCUGCUGAAAAAGAAGUUGCUAUUUCUGCAUCUGCUAUGCGGAAAAAUAUUGCUCUGUCUCUACAGAAAUCCAAGUCGACUGAAAAUGUUAGAGCCUCUCGUGUUACUCGUAAGAGUGGAAACAAUGCCGAGCAGUCUUCUGAUGUUGAAUCUCAAAAUUCUGUAAUGCCAUCAACCUCUAAAACUGCUGCUAAAAUUACAAAAAAAAUUCAGCAAAAACUAUCUACCACUCCUGUAGUUGAGAAACAAAAUAAAAAAGUUACUACUACAAGAGCAAGUAGAGGAAAACCAUCUAAAGCAACUGAAUCUCCAACAACAGAAAGUGUAAAUGGAAGCAAAUCAAGUGAGAAAGAAGAGACAGAAGUGAUAGAAAUUGUUAAUGAAAUUGACAAGUCAAAAAAGGCAGCUGAACCGCAAUUGACGAAAAGUACAGUUGCAGGAAAAUCAGCUGGAAGUUCAAGAACAGAGGUAACUGAAAAUGCAUUUGAAAAUUCAUCAAGAGAGGGAGUUGAAGUCGAAGUUGAAGUGACAAUAAAUGGAAAUGAAGAAUCAGAGGAUAUGGUGAAUGAUGAAAAUGCAGUAGAAGGAAAUGCAUCAGAAAGUAGUCAAGAAAAGCCCAAAAGAGGUCGAAAGCCCUUGCCGAGACAAAGUUCACCAGUUGCACAAGUAGAAAUUCAAAAUAGUCAAGAAAUGGCAUCCAAGCAGCAUUUAGAAGAUAUAUGUAAAGAAGGAUCAAGUGAAACUGUAGAUGAUCCGACAUUACCUGAGGUGAAAACAGAAGCUGCAAAAGAAGAAAAAAAUGUACAGGCAAAAGGAAAGAUUAAAAAUAUUCCUAAGCAGCCACAAGUUUUUACCUGUGCCGUCUGUCAGAAAAGGUUUACACGGAAAUACCAUCUUGAUCGCCACUUGAGGAUAUCAAAAUGUUCUGGCCUGCCAUUGCCAACUUUUCCUUGUGAAUUAUGCAAUCGAGUUUAUACAAGAAAGGAUAAUUUACGUGAGCAUUUAAGAUCUCACACUGGUGAAAGAGAACAUAGAAGAAAGGCUUAUGAAUGCAAUUAUUGUGGUAAAGCCUUUCAUGGACGAUCACUGCUUGACAUCCAUAUUCGCAAACAUACUGGUGAAAGGCCAUUUGAAUGCGAUUUUUGUCCUAAGAAAUUUCCUUCUUCAGGUGCUUUAUCAAAACAUCGAAUGACUCAUACUGGAGAGAGGCCAUAUACAUGCAACGAAUGUGGGCGCAGUUUUACACUGAAAGGCACUUUAAGUCGUCAUUUGAGAACACAUACUGGAAUUAGACCACAUGCCUGUACCUAUUGUGGAAAAAAAUUCAUCCAAAUUGGAGGGUUAAAUGCUCAUAUGUUUUAUCAUACUGGAGAAAAUGGAUUCAAAUGUGAUGAUUGUGGAAAAGUUUUUAACCGCAAAGCUCGGUUGCAGAUGCAUCAGUUGUAUGUCCACAUAAAGCUCAAGCCGUUUGUAUGUGAUCACUGCAGUAAACCAUUUACACGUAAAGAAGAUCUUAUGCGUCAUUCAGUGUUACAUACUGGUGAGAAGCCGUAUAAAUGUCCCACUUGCGAUCGGCGUUUUUCUGUUAAACCAUCUCUCAAGCUGCAUCUUUUAACGCACACGAAAGAAGAACCUCGCUCCUGUCAUGAGUGUGGACGUGCAUUUAUUCGUAAAGACUGCCUCUUGCGUCACAUGAGGAAACGUCAUAGAGAUGUUUUUGAUAAGAUUCUGUUUGAUGAAAAAGAUGAGAAAGAUGCCAGUAUUGUGAACUCAAGAGUAUUGAGCGAAAAAGAUCUUACCGACAAUAUCCGCGAGUUAUUGUAUUUGUUGAUUGAUGAGCCAACUCUUAUUGGCUUUGGUUGGCCUAAUAAGCCUGUUGAUGAAGUUUUGGAAUUAGUUAUACAAAGAUGUGGGCAUAGCCCUGUCAGCCGUGACAAUUAUACUUACAUGGAUAGAUUGAGAGAGAAUGCGAAGCUCCUUUUCACUGUUGUUAUUGAUGACAAUGCUGUGAAGACAUUAUUAAAUAAUCAGACAGUGGAUGAAGUUAUUCUUCAUGUUCUUAGAUUGGCAAAAACAUAAUUCUCUUUUAGUCUACUUGGAGACAAGUGUCCUGUUAUAUGUGCACAUUAUUUUUGCAAUAUGUAAACUCUUCUUUAUAUAAUCAUCAAAUGCACAAUAUAUUCGACUUUCAGAUUGAAUUAUGUAUUGGCAUAUUAAAAAAGCACAAAAUUUCUUAUAGCCAGUUCAUACAUUGUUCAGUUUAAUAUUUGUAUCGUGAAGCAUGUUUAGCUGUGUAUUUAGUUUAACUGUAGGAAAUUGAAUUUUACAUGUCUGUCUUUAUAUGAAAUAUUUUAUUUUCAUAUGUGCCAACUUAUUCAGUGAUCUUGAGUUCUUUUAAAUUGAUGCAUUUUUUAUAAAUUUAAUAAGUAAUGAAAACUAUUUGCUGUAUCUUAAAAACUCAUUCAUGAAGAAUCAGCAGACUAUUAAAUAAGUAUAUUUCUGUAUAUAUAUAUAUAUAUAUCAUCAUAGCUGUGAAUUCUGGUUUUUCAUCAAAUCUCCCAGUUUUUAAUUUCUACCAAGUAUUCCCAGCAGUAAAUGAAAUUUAGUGAAUUAAUGAAACUUAAAUUGAGAAAAUUUCAUUUCCUUGAUUCUAAUGAUUUUUAGAAUAAUUUUUCUUAUUAAAUUUUAUUUCAUCUAAAUUAUAUUUUUUAUUACAUUUCAUUAAAUUUCAUUUGAUCUGAGUUGCUAUCUAUUGUAGACAUUUAUAGAUUUUUAUGUGACGAUCAAAGCAUAUGUUUAAUGAAUUAAUAUAAUAAUAAUUUGUAUUUCAGUACAUGGUACAUUGCCGAGUUUAUCCUUAACUAUUAUAUAUGUAAAUAAUUUAUUUUAUUUUUGUCAUAUUUAAAAGUACUAAGCUUUCUUCUAAGAUAAGUAAAAGCUUUCUUUCACUACUCUGGAUUUCAGUAUGAAAGUGUAAGAAAAUUAUAAAAUUAGCUAAAAAACAUAAAAUUAAGCAUAUCCAAUUAAAUGCUGAUAUAUUUACUUGAGAAUUGAAUUACAAAUAGUUCAUCAUCCUUAACAAUGCAUUAUAAAGUAAGUUAAAGUCAGUUUCGAGUUCCUUUGAAAUGGUGCCACCAUGCAGCAUAAAAACCUCCCAGUUUUCUCACACAGAAAUCAUUUUUUUUUUUUUUUUUUUUUUUUUUUUUUUUUUUUUUUUAAGAUUUCAAGGUUGGCAGCUAUGAUAUAGGUUGACUUAAUUAGCUUAUUAUGAAAAUAGCUUUAAGUAAUAUCUUUUUUAAAUCCAUAUAAAAGUUGAUAUUGCCAAAAAAUGGAUAAAUAACAGGAAGCAUUUCUACUAAAAAUAGAAUUAUAUACCCUUCCUUUUGAAACAUAAAAAAUCAAAAUUGUCUAAUUGUGCAGGUGAACAAUAAAUAGAAAAACCAAAAUUAAAGGGGAAAAUACAAAUAAAUUGUAUGAUUAAACAAAUAAUCAUAUUUUUGUAUUUUAUGUCCCACCAUAAAAUAAAUCAGGUAUUGCUAUAAAGACUGCAUGGCACAGGUAAAUUAAAAGGAAGAUGUCAGCGAAAUAGAAUAAAAGUAAAGUCCAUGAGCAAAAUGGUACUGAGGAACAUAUGUUCUCAUGGAAAAGAGUAUGUAUUCAUCAACUAGUUACUGUGUUUCUGGAAAUUUCCACUUAGACUGCCAGGUUUUAUGUAUCAUUUAGUAAAAGCAAUAAACUUAAUAAAGUUGAGCAGCAGUUACAGCAAAUUCAAAAUAUGUAAAAUGAAAUUAUCACCCGAAAUCUCUAGUGUACUUGAAAGCAUUGUUCCUUUAAAUCUUAUACAAAUAUAGUGUCCAAUAAUGAAAGAAAGACAUGUUGAAGUUAAUUUAAAAGGAAUUUUAAUUAGUUAUGUAGGAACUAUUAUACAAAAAAUGCUGGAUUUAGUUAUACAGGAACUAUUGUACAGAAAUGCUGCAUACAUAAAAUCAACAGAAGUUAUAAGAGAUAGAUUAUAUUAAAAAGAGAAUUUUAAUGCAUACCUAUUGACAUGUAUAAAAUUAUGCCUGUUUUAAAAUUAUAUUUGUGAAAAAUUUUAGCUUUAAUUAUAAUAGCCCUUUAACUCUCUAUUUUAAUUUAGCUAUUUCCCUUUUCCAGUCAAAAAUAAUAGCUGUAUAUUAUAAAGCAUUCUAAAUUGUGUCAUUUCAAAAUUUAUCCAUGUCAUAUGAUUUUUGCACUAAUGUUGCAGGCAUUGUGUAAGGUGUCAGUCAAUAAUUAUUUUAGAAAUUUACAAUUUUGUCAGUCAAUAAUUAUUUUAGAAAUCAAAAUAAAGCUAAACCCGAACUAAAUCGCUGUGUAACGUGGUUUAUGUUAACUGACCAGUUAUUAUGAUUUUGAUCUUUAUUUCUUCUUUCCAUAUUCCCCACCAGAAUGCAAAUUAUCUUUAACCGUAUUCGAGCACUUGUGUCUGACACUUGUGUGUGCUGUUAGUUUUUUGUCUACUCUGUUUAAAAGUGAAAUUCUGACUUUGGGAUUCUUACCAAGAGAUGCUUUAAACUUGUGCACCAGUAAAAUGACCAAGGUAGCUUAUUUCUUAUUCUGUUGAAAGUGUAAUCUUAGACUACAUUACUUUAAAUUUAAUUAUCUGUUAUUGAUUAAUUUAUGUGGCCAGAAGUUGUGGUUUAUAUCUAUAGCACAAGUCAUGCCUUAUGUUCAAUUUUCAACUAAAAUAAAAGGGUUCUUUGGUUAUUUUAAAUCUUCUUCAGUACUUUUGUCUAUUUAAGAUGUAGCAAAUAACUUGCUAUCUUAUCUAGUAUGAUUUGCAAGACUUAUCUUUAGUUCCCAGAUGUGUUAAUUAUCCUUCAAUUCUGAACAGGAAUUUCAUCAUGUCUUACUUCCUUUCUAGCAGCCUGUUUGCUUUCCACUGCUGUACAGUUUUUACUGCAUCAAAAUUAAUGUAGCAAAGGCACAAAUGGGAUCAAAAUUGGUGCAGAUUUCACCCAUUGCACUGUGUGAUUCAAGUUAUGAAUGUGUUUCUUAAGUAUAAAAUAAAAUGUGUGAAAUCGACAAGACUGCUAACAUCUUUAAUGCAACUACUACUACUUGCAUCUCCAUGUCAACAGUUUCUAAAUUAUUACAUAUAUGUAUCUGUAAUGAAAAAUUUUGAUGAUGAUGUAAACUUGGAAGGCAAAGUAUAUACUUCUAAGGUUUGGUAAAAUUGGUUUAGUUUUAUUCUGAUUGGUUAAUCUGUUUCAUUUUGCAAAUUUGACUUUUUAUAAUGCUUAUUUUUUAUUACAUGUAUAUAUGCAGAAAACACAUCUACGCAGUUGCUCAAAAAUUUAGUUUAAGAUUACAGUAUAUCUGCAAUCGGUGCCUUCCUUUAUGUUUGAUUAGUAGUAUAAUCUAGUUUCUUCUUCAGUAACUUGAAAUCAUGUAUAAUACUGUAUAAUGCAUUUUCCAUGUAAGUCAUGAAUAUUGGGAACUUUUUAUGACCUGUUAAUUGAAAUACUGUGAGGGGUUAUUUUAAUAGUAUAAUUAAAAUAAAGUUAAACUGAAGAUUUCUUAACAUUUUCUUCAUAGAUAUAGAUAUGAAGGCAUACCAGUUGUUAAGUUUUUGUCAAGACUAUAUAUAUAUAUAUAUACACACACACAGACACAUAAGCAAAAGAAGUAAUCUAUUUUUGUAUGAAAAUUUUAAAUAAAAUUUAUAGUUGGAAUUAUUUAGAAUGUUUUCAUAAUAUUUAAGUGAAUUAAGUAUUAGAUUUAUUCCAAAAUAAAUAUCUGCCUUGGUGUGUAUUUUUAUAGAGGAUUUAUCAAGGGUAUUAUAUAUAUAUAUAUUUAGAAUACCCUAAAAAGAAAACUACAAAACUAAUCAAAAUCUGAGCUGGGAGCCUGAUAUUACCUCAUGAACGUAUACAUGUUUCUUUUUGUUUAAAAUGAAAUAUUUUAUUCUUGUUUUAAUAUUUUUAUCUCUUUAGAUUUAUGUUUUAUUGUAAUUUUCAUUACAUAAAUAAUAAUAUCUAUUGCUGUGCCAUUAGGCCUUAAAAAAAGAAUAAACCUGGCAUUUUGUUCUUCAGUUUUAAACAUGAAGUUAAUGAUAUGCAAUUUUUUACAUUGUGUAGGGUAAAAAAAGGAUCCAUAGUUCUGUGUUUGUAAUUGGAGCAAAAUAUUUUAUAUGCUUGCUGUGAAAAAUAUGUCUUAAGAUGGAAUGAAAUUAAUGUAUUCUAAUAACAAAAUUGUUAGAAGUAAUAGAAAUGUGUUGCUUUAUAUUUAGCUGUUCAAAAUAAUAUUGAAAAAAUGUAACUCACUCAUAACUAAGUUUAUCCAAUAUGUAAUUUUAAACUUUUUUAUAAAAUUAUGUUAGUUACUUUUCCUGAAAGAUCAGUUGAUUAGUAUUUUCAUAUCUCUGCAUUUUCAAAGCAGACUAAUCCAGAACCCACUUUGUAAAUAACUUCAGAUUAUGUUGUAGAAUGUUAAAGUUUAUUUGCACUUUGCUAAUUCUCGAGUCAUAUUUGAAUUGUAAUUUUAAAUAAUGCUUAAAAUUGUUACGAUUUGCUCAUCCAUUCAGUUUCAUUCUUGGUUGUGCUGAUAAAGUAACUGUUAUCAAAAAAGUGACAUUGAUUUUUUUUAAAAUUUAAACUAAUACAGAGUGAAGCUAUUGUGCUUUAAAAUUAACAAUUGCUAGUUAUAUCUAUCAAAGCCUUUUAUGAACAUUUUAUGCUAUUUUUGGUGAAUUUAAUAUACAUCUGAAAUUAUUGUAAUCAUCCAUAGUGUUAUCAGAUUGUUGAGUAUGAAUUGUAUAAUAAUAAAUAUUAGAAAAUAUUAACUCUUUAACCAGCAAGAUAGUAUAUAUAUAUUAUGUAGACAGUAUGCCUAGAAUAUUUUUUUAUGUCUUUAAGAAAUUAUAUAUAGAUGCAUCUUGAAAUAUGUGCAAGAAAUAAAGGCAAUAUAUUAAAAAUCAUAAAUGCAGAUAUAAAGUACCAGAGACAUUUUGGCAUUAAAAUCAUGAAAAUACCUCCUUCUCAUUUCAGUUUUGGUAAAUUUGGGCAUUCUUAGUGAAACCCAGUGCCGGUCAAAGCUGAAAAAAUUUAAAGUAUCUUUUUAAGCAUCCUGGAGGAAGUCUGGCUAGGGUUAUUUUAUGCUUAAAAUCCUAAAUGGGUCUUUUACAUGUGGAUGAAGAAGGUCUCUUCUGUACACAUAUAUUUAUUUUCAGCUUAAUUAAUAUUAUAUGUACUAAUGUUUCAGCCAAUAUAUUUUCAAGUCUUCAAAAGAGAAUAAUUUUUCAAGAAAUAGUUUGGUUUCACAGAAAGGCAUUCAUUUUUUGUGCUGCAUAUUUGUUCUGAAGCUAAUUAAUCAAUUUAACCUGGAGGCAUAUUAAUAAUUAUGUGAAUGAUGAUAGGAGCUUUUAUUUUGUAUCAGCAACUUGUACA